CCGGGAGCGAGAGAAGCGAAAUGACAUUUCCUCUUUAAAUAGCUGGAGCCGGGCCCCGUAGAGAAAUGGCCGCGUCGGCAGAUUUAAGUAAGUCUUCCCCAACACCGAAUGGGAUUCCAUCUUCAGACACAGCCAAUGAUGCCAUGGACCCCUUCCAUGCGUGCAGUAUUCUUAAGCAACUCAAAACAAUGUACGAUGAAGGACAGUUGACAGACAUUGUAGUGGAAGUGGAUCACGGGAAAACAUUUUCCUGUCAUAGAAACGUUCUUGCUGCAAUCAGCCCUUACUUCAGAUCCAUGUUCACUAGCGGCCUUACAGAAAGUACUCAAAAAGAAGUUCGAAUAGUUGGUGUUGAAGCUGAAUCCAUGGAUUUAGUGUUGAACUAUGCCUACACCUCCAGAGUUGUUCUGACAGAGGCCAAUGUUCAAGCCUUGUUCACUGCAGCUAGCAUCUUCCAGAUUCCUUCCAUCCAAGACCAAUGUGCUAAGUAUAUGAUCAGUCAUUUGGACCCGCAGAAUUCUAUUGGGGUCUUCAUCUUUGCUGAUCAUUAUGGUCAUCAGGAACUCAGAGAUCGAUCAAAAGAAUACAUUCGUAAGAAGUUUCUGUGUGUCACCAAAGAACAAGAGUUUCUCCAGCUGACAAAAGACCAACUGAUAAGUAUAUUAGACAGUGAUGAUUUAAACGUAGACCGAGAAGAGCAUGUUUAUGAAAGCAUCGUAAGGUGGUUUGAACAUGAACAGGAUGAAAGAGAAGGGCACCUUCCAGAAAUUUUUGCCAAAUGCAUACGUUUUCCUCUGAUGGAGGAUGCCUUUAUAGAGAAAAUCCCACCUCAGUUUGCACAGGCUAUAGCCAAAAGCUAUGUAGAAAAGGGCCCAUCCAGUACCAAUGGCUGCACACAGAGACUUGGAAUGACUGCCUCCGAAAUGAUCAUAUGUUUUGAUGCUGCCCACAAACACUCAGGAAAGAAGCAAACAGUGCCUUGUCUAGAUACAGUCACAGGAAGAGUGUUUAAACUAUGCAAACCACCAAAUGAUCUAAGAGAAGUGGGGAUUCUCGUAUCGCCAGACAAUGACAUUUACAUUGCAGGAGGGUACAGGCCGAGCAGCAGCGAGGUCUCCAUCGACCAUAAGGCAGAAAAUGAUUUCUGGAUGUAUGACCAUUCCACCAACAGGUGGCUCUCCAAGCCCCCCCUGCUGCGAGCGAGAAUAGGCUGCAAACUGGUGUAUUGCUGUGGUAAGAUGUAUGCGAUUGGAGGUCGUGUUUACGAAGGUGAUGGGAGAAACUCACUAAAAUCCGUGGAGUGCUACGAUAGCAGAGAGAAUUGUUGGACCAGCGUUUGUGCGAUGCCUGUUGCCAUGGAGUUUCAUAAUGCUGUGGAGUACAAAGAGAAGAUCUAUGUCUUACAGGGAGAAUUUUUCCUCUUCUAUGAGCCUCAAAAAGACUACUGGGGUUUUUUAACCCCCAUGACUGUGCCUAGAAUCCAGGGCUUAGCAGCUGUAUACAAGGACUCUAUCUACUACAUAGCUGGAACCUGUGGAAAUCAUCAACGUAUGUUCACUGUAGAAGCCUAUGAUAUUGAGCUCAAUAAAUGGACUCGGAAGAAGGACUUUCCAUGUGAUGAGUCCAUAAAUCCGUACCUUAAACUGGUACUUUUCCAGAAUAAACUCCAUUUAUUUGUUCGAGCUACUCAAGUGACCGUUGAAGAACACGUCUUCAGAACCAGCAGGAAAAAUUCCCUUUACCAAUAUGACGACGUCACUGACCAGUGGAUGAAAGUGUACGAGACCCCAGAUCGUCUCUGGGACCUUGGCCGGCAUUUUGAAUGUGCUGUUGCUAAACUCUAUCCUCAGUGUCUUCAGAAAGUACUUUAAUGAGUAGCAGGCCUUAGUGAGCUCACUGGCAUCUUGGGCUUGGGGAAACAAUGAUACAAGAAGUGCUGUCAGUAUUUAAGAAGCUGAGAGAGUUUAUAUAUGGCAAUGGGUGCUCUUAAAGAUUAUGGUGUAGGAGGGAUUUCUUUUCAUCCUUGUGAUGUUUUCAUUUCAUUAAGCAAAAGGUAACAAAGUGCAAUUAUCAGCAUUUUUUUUUUUUCUGGUAUAAAAGUAAUCCUUUUCAUUAUAGAAUUUUGUGAUAAUUCGUCACUGAGAUACCAGAUGAAUCAACAACUAUGCACUCUUUUAAGAGCAGUUAGGGUAUUAUUGGUCAGAGACAUCCAAACUAGUUUGAUGUGACUUUUUAUUUUAAAUACGGGUAAAAAUUUGAGGCAAUAUCACUAGGACUUUAGCUGUGACCUCUCCAACACAGAGA